AGCAUUGAGGAAACAGUUCUCAGCUGGCUGCGUUUGCGUUUGGAAGACUGAUCGAGCAGCGUUAUGUGGACACUUGUGGCGCUUCUCUUGGCAUUCGUGCACAUCGCCUUUGCGGUUGUCUAUUUGUAUCUCACCUGGCAUCACAAAUACUGGGAUAAACGUGGCUUGGUCACAGCGAAGCCACUGACGCUGCUUGGCAGCUAUCCAGGACUCUUUGGCGGCACUUCGAACUUUAUUAAGGACUUGAGCACGAUUUAUAAUAAAUACAAAGGCAAGCAGCGCGCUGUGGGCGUAUUUUUGACGAGACAACCGCAGAUUCUGGUGCUCGAUGCCUCGCUGGCUCACGAAGUGCUGGUGGAUAAGUUCAGCUACUUUCGGGACACAGUCACGAGUAGUUAUGUGACGCACUCGCAGGACUACGACAAGUAUGUAGCCAGGAAUCCCUUCUUCAGUGCCGGCGACGCAUGGAAGAAGCGUCGCACAGAAGGCGGCGCUGGACUCACGGCUAACAAACUGAAGCAGGCUUUUGCCAUCUGGGAGCAGAGUGGACAAAGUUUGCUGGACUACAUGCAGCGCUAUAUUAAGGAAAAGGAUAACGUGAUUGAGACGCGAGAUCUGUGCUAUCGCUAUACGGCUAAUGCCAUGGGCGAUUUUAUCUGGGGCAUUGAUUCGGGCUCCUUGAGCGGCGGCGUCAAUGAGAUUAGCCAGCUGCAGCAGACAUCCUCAGCGUGGGCAUUCAAUGCCUUUCAGAAUAUGCGCAAGUUCAACAGGACACCAAUUGCGCCCAUAAUCAGACGAUUGCUGCGCAUGCGUUUCUUCACACAGGCACAUAAUGAUUUCUACCUCCAGCUGACACGAGAUGCGGCGCAACUGCGUCAAGCGGGCAAUGGUGCAGCACGCAAUGAUUAUCUCGCUCAUUUGUUGCAGCUGCAAGAGCAGAAGGGCGCCAGCAUCGAUGAUAUGGUGGGUCAUGCUCUGACCCUGCUCAUGGAUGGCUACGAGACUUCAGCAGCGGUGCUCUAUCAUUUGUUGUACACGCUGGGCGAGUAUCAAGAGCCGCAGUCAAAGUUACGCGCUGAAAUAUUGAAUGCUUUGGCCGCUGAUAAGAAUAUCACCUAUGAGCAACUCAAUGCCCUGCCUUAUCUCGAUCAGUGUGUCAAUGAAUCAUUGCGCAUGACCAGCGCAAUAGGUUUCUUCAUCAAGAUCUGCACGAAACCCACAACAAUUGAUUUAGGUGAAGGCAAAAGUGUGAAUGUGAAACCGGGCAUCACGGUGGCCAUUCCCGCCUAUCAGAUUCAUCACGAUGAGCGCUACUAUCCCGAUCCAAUGGCAUUCAAUCCGGAACGCUUCGAUAAUGGCGCUGCCAGCGAGUUUAACAAGCGCGGCUGUUUGCUGCCUUUUGGCGACGGACCACGCAUUUGCUUAGGUAUGCGAGUUGGUUUGCUUAGUGUGAAAAUGGGCGUGCUGCGAAUUCUUUCGCAAUACAAAGUGGAGCAGACCAACAAAUUGGAGUACAACUCGGACACGGGCAUGGGAAUGUUUUUGAACGGUGAUGUCAAUUUGAAGUAUACAAAAUUGUAAUUAAUAAAACACUAACAACACUCGGUAUCUCAA